AUAAUCUCAGAUUUUCCGAUGAAAAUACCCGAUGGCAAAGAAACAACUAAAACCCGACUCGAUUCGACAUCGGAACCGAGUCGAAUCGUCAACUCGCCAACCUAAACCCUCAAACUCCUCUUCCAAGAACCUCCAUGGCAGCAAUAACCGCCGUAUCUUCGCCAUUAUCGCUGUCGUCUUCAUCGCGUCUUCUGCCGUAUCUAUACUUGUGUACCGCCGUGUCAAACACCUCUCUCCACCAUCAUUAUCUGUACAUCAGCGAGGUCUUGUGAAAGAAGAUGUCACUUUCCAGGAGAUCCUCUCUGAGAAUUCUAGGGUUUCCGAGAAUAUCAGCCAACGGCAUUUCACAAAUUCCGUCUUGGCCUACAUUACGCCUUGGAAUGCAGCAGGUUAUGAUUUAGCAAAGAGGUUCUGCCCCAAGUUUACACAUCUAUCCCCUGUAUGGUACAAUCUUAAGACUGAAGGGACAAAAUUAGCUUUGGAGGGAAGACACAAUGCUGACACAGAAUGGUUGUCUGAGCUGAGACUGAGAGGAAAUGCUCAGGUUUUACCAAGAGUGGUCCUUGAAGCAGUGCCAAAGGACUUGCUCAGGAACAAGAAACAAAGAGACAAAGCAAUUAACCUUCUUCUAAAAGAGUGCAAGGAUAUGGGCUAUGAUGGUCUUGUCUUAGAAUCUUGGUCAAGAUGGGCUGCUGAUGGUGUUCUCUAUGAUGCUUCUUUGCGAAAAAUGGCACUACAAUUUGUAAAGCAACUUGGAGAUUCCCUGCACAAUUUCAGGUCGCAAAGGAAUGGUCAACCACUGCAGCUAGUGUAUGUCAUAGGUCCUCCAUAUUCACAGUCUGGGAAACUUCAAGCUCAUGAUUUUGGACCAGAAGAUCUGAAAACUCUCAGUGACUCUGUAGAUGGUUUUUCACUAAUGACCUAUGACUAUUCAAGUCCUUAUAGUCCUGGUCCUAAUGCACCAUUGACUUGGGUGCAUUCCACGAUAAAACUUCUCCUUGGUGACGGUGGUAAGAGCCUCGCCAACAAGAUAUUUGUUGGAAUCAAUUUCUAUGGGAACAAUUACAUACUAGCUGAAGGUGGUGGUGCUCAAGCAAUUACGGGCAGGGACUAUCUCUCUCUAGUGGACCGAUACAAACCCAUGAUGAGGUGGAAAAAGGACUUUGCAGAGCAUUUCUUCUUGUACUCUGAUGAUCAGCAUCGUGAACAUGCAGUUUUCUAUCCUACUUUGAUGUCCAUAGCAGAGCGACUAGAGGAAGCACGUUCAUGGGGGGCAGGCAUCUCUAUCUGGGAAAUAGGCCAAGGACUAGAUUAUUUCUUUGAUCUUCUAUAGGCACAUUUCUUAUUUGCAGAAUUCUAAUUAGCGGGUAAUAUGAUUAUUUUUACUUGGAUCAAA